GGGUGAUGGGUGAGAUGGCACAGAGUGAUGGGUGGGAUGGCACAGGGUGAUGGGUGGGAUGCGGCACGCCUUGCAUUGAAUAAAGGCUGUAGAAUACAGCAAGGCUGGCUUCAUAUGCAUUUCUGAUGUGGCGUUGUGUUGCUUGUUUGAGAGGUGUGUGGUCCUGAAUUCCUGAUGCAGCUGUCAUUCGAGAGUGCUGAGGACCUUAAGUGAUGGGCUCUAAUAUCCCAGCUCCAACACAUCUGACAGUUUCCCAUCUUCCAUGCUUCUGACCUUUUCCCCAUUUCCCGUGCAUCAGACAUUUUUCAAUCCUGUGUACAAUUGAACUUUUCCAUCUCCCAUGCUUCUGACCUUGUCUUAUCUCCCAUGCUUCUGGCCUCACUCUGACCUGAACUCCCAUUGAUGGUGGGUGGGUGGGAUGAAAGGUGGUGAUGUGUGGGAUGAGGCGAUUCAAUAUUGAUGCAUCACUCACACAUCCUGCAUUAUCCACAUCAGCACUGUUUACCCGCCCAUUCAUCAAUCAGCCAUCAUCAUCUAUUCGUCAUCUAUCAAUUUUGUCUGACCCUUUUCAGUAACCCCUUUCUGAUGCAUCUGACAUUUUCCCAUUUCCUAUGCAUCUUACCUUUUCCCAUUUCCCGUGCAUCAGACAUUUUCCCAUUCCACGUGCAACUGAACUUUUCCCUUCUCCCAUGCCUUUGAUUUUUCUUAUUUCCCAUUCUUGUAUCGCUUAUCCGAACUGUCAUCGAUGGGUGGGAUGAGAUGUGAUGAUGGGUGGGAUGGCACAGGGUGAUGGGUGAGAUGGCACAGGGUGAUGUGUGGGAUGGCACAGGGUGAUGGUUGAGAUGGCACAGGGUGAUGGGUGGGUGGGACGUCGUUUGAUUUGUCUGACCCUUGCCAGUACCCCUAUGCAUCUGACAUUUUCCCAUUUUCCGUGCAUUUGGCAUUUUCUAUCUAUAUUCUUAUGUAGCCUUUCGUUUCCUAAGCAUCUGGCAUCUUUCUCAAUUCCUAUGCAUCUUAUAUUUUCGCAUUUCUUGUUCAUAUUAUUUCGCAUGCAGCUGACCUUUUCCCAUCCCCCAUUCAGCUGAGCAUUUCCCUUCUCAACUUCAUCAGUCCUUUUCCCUUUUCCCUUGAAUCUGACAUUCUCACAAUUUCCAACCGUUUGGCCUCUUCCUAUCCCUCAUGCGUCUGAAAUUUCCUCAUAUAUCAUGCAAUUUCUGUUGCCAUUGCUCGUGGAUGCGUUCCCAUAGCCAUCUGGUGUGUCAUCCUGCAUAUGUUUUUCCAGCUUUUAUGCAUGCAUAUGCGUACUCACUGGUCAUGCGGCUGAUCCCUUCCUUGAGGGCUACGGGCUGCUCCUGUGCAACACACGGUUGGACCAUGCCUGUGCAAUAUCCCGUGCGCAUUUGGACAAAGACAAUGUUGGACCAUCACCCUCUGCAAUAUCCCAUCCUUUCAUCACCAUGGGUUGUCCGACUUGCAGGCUAUGCGUCAUCAUCCAUACAACAUCCAUGCAUCUCUCGUACUUUCUGUAGCAUCCACACAAAACCCGUUUACUCAUUCAUUCAUCAGCAGUUCAUCGUCGGUUCAUCACCCGUUCAUCGUCCGUUCGUCCAAUCAUCAUCCAUUCAUCAUCCAUUCACCAUUCCUUCAUAAUCCAUUCACCAUCCAUUGAUCUUCCAUUCAUCAUUGAUUCAAACCAUGUGACCGAGACAGUGGAGGAAGAUGCUUUAGACUCCCCAUGCACCAGUCAUCACAACAGAAACAUGGUCCUUGUGUAUAGCAUGGAAACUGAAAUACUGCAUAUUGUCCUAAGGUGUGGAUCAAUGUACAUCGAUAAUAUAAUUCAUUCCAUUAU